AUGGUAGAUAAUCGGCGGUUUUUUGUCAUAGGAAAACAAAGCACUCGCAGUGAACGUUCUAACAAGGUCUUCGACAUUGUUUUCACACAUGAUCUCGGAGACGCUUCAAUAAACAGCAUCAGCAAGAAUGUUCUGGUUCAGGGUCCACCAGUUCAUAUGCAAGCAGAUGACUCCUUAAACUACCCAGUUAUUUUCAUACUUAUGGAAAGGCCGACAUCCAGGGUAGACAAAGCGCGACUGAGAGAACUUGUGAGGGAUGUUUCUUACGCCAAACCUCAUUCUGGACGACGUGUAGCGGUGGAAGAGGCGCAAAAAGUCCUCAUGCAAAAGGAACGAUGGAACGUGAUGUUUGACAAUGCAAUAGAUGCUGUAGUGAUAAAUAGAAAUACUCGCACUACCAAACGCAAUACGUUCACUGAGCAAAUGUUUGAAGUAUUUGCGGCGCACGGCAUUAAACCUAGCAUGAUUUCACUAGAUGCAGACGGAAACACUCGUGAUCUGCCCAAGGGAACAUCGAUUUCUCUUUGUGUCCCUGAAGAGGAAGAUGAGUCCUAUACUAGAACACACACGUCCGUGUAUUGGAAGUUCUCCAGCCAUACCCCUCGGGAAGAAAACGACUGUACAUAUCCGGCAUUUCUGAGAGUGUUUGACGAAAAAGUAGGAUACUCUUCUGUUUCUGAGCAAUUUCAAUAUCCAGACGACGCCGAAAGGCGAACUGUAGCACCUGUGGUGAAUGAAGAAGGAGAUGAAGAUGUUGUUGCUGAUGUUCCCGUUAGUGGACCAGAAGUGCCGGUGCCUCAAACACCACCUCUUCAGACAGAACCUACUCAAGCUCAUGCUGGAGCUGGAGAUGUCGCAGUGGUGCCUCACUAUCAGUGUUCCGCAUUUUCUUACGAGGAGAAAACCAACUUAAUGACGUGGGUAGGAUACCUCUAUCGACAAGCCCUCAGCAACGAAAACGUUCUACACAAAGAAGCUAGAGAACGCGCCCGAGAGGCGAUGUUAGCUUACGAGUCAGGCAAAAGAUGCAAUUUUUUUUGUCGCGAUCACCAUAUGCUCGUGAACUCGGGGCACUUCGUCACCGACAAAGAAAAGAAAAUCUUACAAAAUUUGAAGGAUGAAAAAUAUCAAUAUUUUAAGCCACUUUUUCCUAAUGAGUGGGUUGGAGGAAAGCGCGUACUGAAGGUGCGCUGUGAACCCUGCUACGAGUACUAUCGAUCAGGACAAGUCAAAGGCUCCCCAUAUCCAAUUUCAUCAAAGGAGGGAACGGAAUUCACAUCCAGCGUUGAAAAGACAUUGCAAAACCAUAUCCGAUCCGAUCACGCCAUACACCAAGCAGCAGUAGAGUACUAUGUACGGAAAACCAACGAUAAGGUGAACAGCUACCUUGAUGAUGUGGAUAGCGCUCACACAGGUUCUGGAACAGGAGCAAGCAGUCUUUUUAUGCUUGCUUAUGCGGCAGCAAAAAUUUACCUUCCUCCAUAUCAAUUUCCCACAUUGUGUGAAACAGUAUCGAAAUUGGGAUUGCAGAUAGGAAAUAAGCACCACACGCGCGAUGGAUUCGUGCAGAUGACUAGUUACAUUAGCAAAAAGAUGAAAGACACCUUGAUCGACUACCUCAUAAAAAAUCAAUCCCCAUUUUCACUGCUAGUCGAUACCUCAACGGAUCCUGAUAGCAAGCAGAUACUUCUACUUUUUGUUCGUUUCCCAGAUCGAACAACGUUACAUCCUACAACGCACUUCCUCGAAGCUGUGGAGAUGGUCAAAGCUGAAACUGGAAAGUACAUUUUUGAAACAAUCUAUGCAUACUUCAGUAAGGCAGGGCUUCUCAAUGAAUUUAUUUGGAAUCUGGUAGCUGUGGCUACAGACGGAGCUAGUGCCAUGAGUGCCGAGGGCGGGCUUCGCGGCAUACUCAACAAAAACAUUUCGCAAUCUCGUAAAGAUAUAUUGGCAAGUAGAGGUGCUACGCAGGAGAAGAUAGAUUCUGUUUUGCCUAAUCCAAUCAUAUGGAUUCAUUGCAUGGCACACAAAAUAGAGUUAGCUCUGGCAGAUGCUCUAGCUGAAGCAGACGAGGAAUUUCUGCGAUGGAGAAAAUUUGCAACGGCAUACCUCAACAGAUUGCGCUCCUUCUUUGCAGCUCCAUCAAGGAAACGCGUGCUGCUAGAAGUGGAUAAAACCCUAUCUAAUGAGCGCUUCGUGAAUUUGAAAAGAAUUAUCGCUGUGAGAUGGACUUCAUCUGAAGAAAAUGCUAUUCACAGCUUUUUGAAAAUGUACAAGCAUGUAUGGCUUGCAUUGGAGACGAUAUCCAAGACUGCGCAAAUUCCGAGUAAGGAGCGAUUAAAAGCCGGAGCAUUUCUGCACGUGAUCAAAUCGCUAAAGUUCUACCGAUACAUGGUGUUCCAGCUGCAAGUCCUUGGAGAGAUUGGCACACUCUCACGAGAAGCUCAGGACGAAGCAUCCACUCUUUGGAAAGCGCAAACUGACCUAAACACCCUUCUCGCACGACUUGAUAAAGCCGCCGAAUCUCCACACCUCAACACAAAAACGCGUCCAUUUCUAGAAUCCAUCCUCUGUAAACCUGUCAAUGAAGCAGGUAACUUCCGUCAAAACGCUCUGGAUUCGCCUGAUUGUAGAAAAUGGUUCUGGAAUGGCUGGCAAAACGAAGAAUCAGCAGCUUGUCAAAUACUUUACAAAAUCGCAGAUGACUUGCACGUGUUCGAGUUCAACAUCGAGACGCAGAAGCCGCACGACGGUGGACCACCUCAGCAACUAUCUGAGAAUUGCUAUCAGCGGCCCGGAUAA